UUUACAGCGAGAUCAAUAAAAUAGAGGUUCAUAAUUUAUUGCAGAAGGUUAAGAAGUAAAAAAGGAGGAAGUCCAGUGACCUCGGCAUAGCAUGUAUGCCUAAUGCCUGAGGCCAUCAAGAAUCGGGCGACAAACGCCAGAACUCUCACACUUCAGCGGCUCGAAGAAAUGUCGGGAUCGCUCUGGAAUAGAAUCAAACCCACCUCGAGGUGCUCCUCACCGCGGAUGUGAUGGUUAUUCGCGGGUUCAACUCAAUCCAUCCACCGACCCACUCAACCUCCGAGCGCGGUCCCUGAUCCGAAGUAUUCGGAGCUAUAACUACUUCUUAUCGGCCCUACGUACCUCUAACUGAACAAUUUCUAUACCCCAACUACAACACAACAUGUCCAACGCAAUCCGCACCCUCUCCCCUUCCACCAACAAGCUCAUCUACGAGCACCCCGGCACUUCCCUGGAGGAAGCCCGCCAGCUCGCCAUCUCCGCCCAGGAUGCCCACAAAUCGUGGAAACAGGUCCCUCUUUCCGAGCGAAAGUCCAUUAUCCUCAAGGCACUAGAACUCAUCAAGGCUAACAAGGAGACUCUCGCCGAAGAGCUGACGUCUCAAAUGGGUCGUCCGAUCGCCUUCGCUACCAAGGAAAUCGACACCAUGCGCAAACGCGCCGACUACCUCCUUGACAUCGUCGAUGACAGCCUGAAGAAUCUCCCCGGUCAGCCGGAAGACGGGUUCAGGCGGUUCUUGAAAAAGGAGCCCAUCGGAGUGGUGUUUAUCGCGACGGCGUGGAACUUCCCCUACCUCAUCACAAUCAGCACCAUCCUCCCCGCCCUACUCGCCGGAAACGCCGUCCUCCUCAGACCCUCCCCCCAGACGCCUCUCAUCGGCGAACGCUUCCUCUCCUUCUUCACCGAGGCCGGCCUCCCGCCUCACCUCUUCCAGCUGAUCCACUGCGGCUCGCUCGACGUGCUCGACCAGAUCGUCGCCCUCCCGCAGAUCAACCUCGUUUCGUUCACGGGGUCAACGGCAGGCGGCAUGCGCAUCCGCGAAGCCACCGCCCGCCGCGUCGUCCCGGUUAAUCUGGAGCUCGGCGGGAAUGAUCCCGCGUAUGUGCGUCCGGACGCGGACCUCGCGUACGUCGCCGCGCAGCUGGUCGACGGCGCGGUGUUCAACUCCGGUCAGAGUUGCUGCUCCGUCGAGAGGGUGUAUGUGCAUGCGGACGUGCAUGAUGCGUUUGUGCACGAGGUGCAGAAGGAGCUCGCGACGUACAAGCUCGGCGACCCCGCCGAUCAAUCCACCACCACCGGCCCCGUCAUCUCCCAGCAAGCCGUGAAGACGAUUAACGCGCACAUCGCCGACGCGCUCGCCAAGGGCGCCGUCGAUGCCACCCCCGAUAACGCAACCUUCUCGGCUCCCCCGCCUGACGGCAACUAUGUCGCGCCGAAGGUCCUGGUCAACGUCUCGCAUGACAUGCGGACCAUGCGCGAGGAGACCUUCGGGCCGGUGAUGCCGAUCAUGAAGGUGGCGUCGGACGACGAGGCCGUGGCCUUGAUGAAUGAUACGGACUUCGGGCUGACGGCGAGUGUGUGGACGAAGGACGUGAGUGCCGCAGAGGGGUUGAUGGAUCGGUUGGAGGCGGGGACGGUGUUUGUGAAUCGGUGUGAUUAUCCGAGUCCGGAUCUGGCGUGGAUUGGAUGGAAGAACUCGGGAUUGGGAUGCACGUUGGGACCGCAUGGGUUCGAUGCGUUUUAUAAGCUGAAGAGCUUCCAUAUUAAGGAGCAGCAGGCUUGAUUUGUUUCUCCCUUGGUUGAAUGAUUCGUAAAAUAUGACAUGC